GGGAGCGCUCGGGUGCCGCCGCCUGUUGCACCAGCGCCCCGCGCCGCCAGCCAUUGUCCCCCGCUCCCCGCCGCUGCAGGAGGCCAAGCCGAGCCGCCCGCGGGGACCCGUAUAUCGCUUUCUGCUGCGAUUCUUUGUGCUUGACUUGGAGGUCUUGAAAGAAGCUGCACGCUGCUGCAUGCAGUUACAUGUUUGGGUCAUGAAACUUAAUCCACAGCAAGCUCCGUUAUAUGGUGACUGUGUUAUUACAGUACGACUGACUGAAGAAGCUGAACUUGAAGAUGAUGUAGUGUUUUACUUGGUGUUUACUGGCUCUGCUGUCCAACACUGCACAAGCACUAGAAAAAUUAAUCAUGGGACAUUGGAGACCAUUGCUCCUGGCCAUGACUGCUGUGAGACAGUGAAGGUGGCACUUUGCGCUGCCAAGGAAGGGCUUCCUGUUCUAGUGGUGGCAGAGGAAAGUUUUCAGUUCAUUCAGGAUGAGGCCUAUGAUGCAGCUCAGUUCCUAGCAACCUGCGCUGGAAACCAGCAAGCACUGAACUUCACAAGAUUCCUGGACCGGUCAAGGCCUCCCUCUGGGGAUGCGGAUUUUCUGGAUGAGAAAGUGGUUUUGGCAUUUCGGCAUCUGAAACUGCCAGCAGAAUGGAAUGUGUUGGGAACAGACCAGACGCUUAAUGAGAGUAGCCCCCGGGAGACAUUGUUGCAUUUUGCAGUGAGGCUGGGCCUUCUGAGGUUGACAUGGUUUCUGCUACAGCAGCCAGGUGGAAGAGGAGCUCUUUGCAUCCGCAACAACGAAGGGGCUACACCUGUGAGCUUAGCCUCAGAGCGGGGCUAUCAGAAGCUGCAUCAGCUUUUGACACAAGAGGAAGCUGGUGAACCAGAGUCUUGGAGCACUUUGUCUCAUAUAGUGCACUCGGGGGACUACUGUGUGAAAUACCACUGUGGGCUGAAUGUUUAUAUGCUAACGGCUGAAGCCAAGGAAGGAGCAAAGGCCAACAUGGAGCAUGACAUAGAGCAACUCCAGAAAUUCAUAGCAAGCCACCAGCACACGAGUGCAGCCAAACAGCCAGAGCCUGAGCUGAGAACUUCAGAGGAUAACUGCAACAUAGGAACAGAGGUGGAGGGUUUUCUGGAUGCUGCAGCCCCCCUCUCGGAAGAAAUGCCAACAGAAGGAAGCAAAGAAUGCCCUUCUGCACUGGUUGACUUUGAUGUGAGGAAGCUCUCAGCCCCAAUGGACCACGAGGAGAACCAGUGUGACAGUGGGAGUUUGGAAGUGCUUAACGACACAUCAAGUGAUUUGUUGAGCCUGGCGCGUGUAGAGAACCCAGGGUUUUCCUGUGAAAGUAAAAACACAGCUACGUUGAGUAAAAAGGAAGAGGAGGGGCCAGCCGCUAUUGUAGACUCUGGGACUGUAUCAGAUAAAAAUGACUGCACACUGAGCUCGGCUGCUGGAGUAAACGGUGCUGCAAGCCUAUCCUGUGGAAAUACAAAUGAGGAAACCGGAAUGACAUCCACUGGAGUUGUUUUGAGUCAAGCCAGCCUGUGUAGUAGAGAUAAUACCCAACAGGAAGUGCAAAUCGUUGAAGAGUGCACAACUGAAAGCUCUCUUCCUGUGGCUGAAGCUGCAUGCAAAGCCCAAACGCCCUGGGAGGGUGUGGAUGUGGCUAUGGGCCAGGCAGAAUGCAAGAACUGUACAGGGUCAGUGGAUGCUGCUUCAAUCCAGCAGCGUGUAGAGAAUGGAGAGGAUGAGACCUGGGGUUCAAGAACUUCAAGUCUGAAAGGGCAGCCCCCAGCAAGUGGGGAGUCGUUCCAUGCUACUGAGCCCUUUCUUGCAGCGUCACCAAAAUCUCCAAGAAAAGAUGGGGAAUGUGGAGAUGGACAAGAGAUGCAGGCACAGGAUAGUGCAAAUGCACGUGUCAACAGUGAUAUUAUCCCUGUAGGCCAUUGGGAGACAAGUAGCAGCGAAGAGAGUGGAACAGACCCAAACACCAAAAAUGCAAAGAUUGGUUUGGCAGCGGACUUAGUCCAAGGUGAACCCCUUGUAAAGCAGAGGCAGAGUAUGGUUGCCAACACUGGAGAGGAGCUGCUGGUUGUGACUAAAAUAAAGGUUUCAGAGAAUGCAUUGAAACAUGAGCCUGUUGUUUUGGAAGUGAAUAACAAUAGUAAGAGUGGUGAGCAGGGCGUGCAGGCGGAAGAUGGAAAUGCAGACCUUGGGCUGAAUGAACUGGUUUUGAGUAACAAUGUGGAGAAUAAUUCUGAAAUGAAAAACAGUCCCCUUGACAGGCCUGGUCCGAGUGAUGCAGAGACUAUGUGCUCCCUUGAAAGCAGCAAAACUAUUGCUAUUGUAAAUGAAGGCGAAGGUGACAGUGAAGCCCUUAAAACGAUGUCACUAGGAAUGGAAACUACUGGCAGAGGAAGCACAGAUUCAGCAGAGGAAGGCCAGGGGUCUGCUGGCAAUUGCCACCCUGAGAAUCAAGGUGUUUUAAAAGGUGAAAUGUGUGACAGCUUAAAACCAGACACUGCUUUAGCUAGCAAAAGUGAGCCUGGGUCACAACCUCCAUUUGACGCAGGUUUGUCCUCAGCAGGAAAAGAGCCUCUGCAAAACCAAUUGGUGGCAUCAAAAAGCAUUUCUGAACAGGAGGGGGCUGGCAAGCAAAUCAAAUCAUUCUCAUCUCCCUUAUUUAAAGAAGAUUUACAACAGGGACAGGCAAUUGGUCAGGAGAGAGAGGCUGCAGUGGCACCUCCAGGGCAGGAGGCGUCUGUGCAUGGUAAUGAUCCUGUCUUCUCUUCAUGUGGCAUGGGCACAGAGUGUAUCCAGGAUAAUUUAAUGGACACACCCUCUGCAAUUCAUAAUAAAGGAUCUAAACAAAACCAGGAAGUAGCAGCAGUAGCAGAGACAGCAGUGCUUGCUGAACAGGACAGUUCUGUGCAUGGUAAGAUACCAGCAGAAAAUAGUUUGCCUAAAGACUGGGGAAAAGAGGGCUCUGAUGAGCAAAGUCUGUCACAGCCGGCUGAAGAGAGUAAAGCUGAACCCAGUCAGGAGCUAUGUGAAAGUGGGACACUUGGCAAAGAGAAGGGUUUGUCCGAGGAGCCUGCUUCUGCUGCUGUUGUGAAAUCCUCUGUUUGCAGUCAGGGCGAGGAGUCUGCAGCGACUGACAGUAAGGCAGAUAUUGGGCUGAAAGGGGAAAUCUCCUGUCAGGAAGCAGAUGACAAUGCAACAGUGGAUGCAGAAGAAAGUAUUGUACAAGGGCCUGAAUCAGAGUACAAAUCGCUGGAUGCGAAGAAUGACCCUCCUCCCGACACAAUUUUAAACCAAGAAUGUGAUCUCAGUCAGGGGGCACAGGGAGGCUUUCUGCAAAACAAAGUGCCAGAAUUAAAGGAGGUCUCUGUUAUGGAAGCACCUUCUGUUGCCUUUGAGAAUAAGGCACCUCUAGGUGUAGCUGAAACAUCCACAGUACCAGGUGAUCCAGAAGAGGAGGAGGAUAUGAAUAAUGUACUCUCCAGAGCAUCACUUCAGCCUAUUGCAGAAGAGCCCCCCUGCGACAGCGACUCCAGCACUGACACCAUUUGUUUGGCCAGUGAGAGCGAAGUUGGGUGUGAAGUUAAAGAAGCCCAGCAACAGGUCUUGGAUUGGCCCAAAAAAGAUCAAGAGGAGCAGAACAAUGCCAUGCUGGAAGCGUGUCUCUCACAGUCACAGCCAUACAAUAUAAAUGGCGCUGGUGAGCUUACAGAUGACGUGGGGGCAAAGAGCUUGGUUCCAGAGGCUGAGGGCUCCUGGCUGGAAAAAGUUGCCAGUAUGGUGAAAAGUCCGGAUGGAUUUGUUUCUAUAUCAGAAACUUCUUCCGUCCCUGAGUCUGCAGUUGGGAAGCUAGAGUGUGUACCUGUUGGGGUUCUCCCCCCAUCCUCUCCCGAAGCCCGAGUGAUUAUGGGAGACGUCCUUAAUGGAGAUAUGGAUUUAAGUUUGCAGUUUGGUGAACCAACGAAUCGGGGGGAUGCAAGCUCAGAAGUGCUAGGAUCUGAGUCUGUUACAGAAAAGCUGGAGAUGAAAACUGAAGAUGAGGUGGAUUUUUUGAAAGACCUCAGAGAGCAUGCAGUUUCUGAAGGAACAAUAAAUCGUGAAAGCUGGUGUUCGAUAGAGCCAUGUUCAGAUCCUUCACUGCUGGAGCCGACGCAAACUCAAGAAUCUAGAGAAUGUGAAAAUUUCCUGGAGGAUGGGUUGAGGGGAGACUGUGCCUCAUCGCACGGUGUCCUGAAAAGAGAAACUGGAAGCGAGUCUGAACUCUUCCCCUUACCUGGCGAUGGGAUGGAUGACAUCGUCUUUGGAAAGCCUGAAGAGGAACAGUCUGCUUGUGAUGUCACCAGUUCCAGCUCAUCGGCAGAUGACACAGUCUCUUUGGAGAGAAAUUCUUCUCUUGGGAGUGACAUAUCCCUUCCACAUGCUCUAAACUUCAACAGGCCUAAGGAGAGGCACACUCUGGAUGGAAACGGCAUUGACAUGGGAGCUGCAGGGGGACGGGAGAGUGAACUUGGUGGCUCAGGCGAGAUGGAAGAGGAGCUGGACAGUAUUACAGAAGUGCCUACCCACUCCUCUGUCUUGAGAAAUUCCAUGCGACCACUGUCACCAUUCCGACGGCACAGCUGGGGGCCGGGGAAGAAUGCUGCCAAUGAGGCAGAAAUCAAUCACAGGAGUUCAACGCGAGUUCUGGGGGAUGGUAUAAGGAAGCCUCCCAUUCAUAGGAGAAGUUUGAGCUGGUGUCCCUCUGGCGUACAGUACAUUCCCAUGGGUGCUGACUUUAAUUGUAGAAGUUACAGCCUAGAAGGCCUUGCAGGAGACUCCGAUGAUAACAAGAAGCCCUCCUCAAAUUUAGAGACUUCCUCUUUGAGUUCCAGAGACCUCAGGCGAAGUCCACUUGCUAGUGAUGAACGUGGCUCCUUGGUCUCACUCACUGAAGAGGAAGUAGAAUCUGAGCAGGGGGAAAUCAGAGGCUUUGACCGUCAGAUGCGCCAAAGAUCACAGCCGCAUGGAUUUAAUUUCUGUACUUCUGCCACUUCUUCUCCGCUGACCAAAUCCAUUUCGCUAAUGACAAUCACUCAACCAGGACUAGACACCCAGAGACGGACUCGACCAUGCGGACGAAUCUCCUUCUCCUUCAACAUCUCUCCACUCAUCCCUAAGUCUAAAACUCUCUUUUCUGUUGGCUCUUCUUCCAGUGGUGAGGAGGAGGAGUUGGAUAGCACACGAUCGUUCAACAGCACCAGUAGUUCAUUGCCUCAGAGUGUGUCUGAAGAGAGCGACAACUUACCGCCUCCCAGCCCCUUCAGGAAAGGUUUAGAAGAGAAAAGUGGAACAAAAGUCAGUCGCACCUUCAGCUACCUCAGGAAUAAAAUGUCCAGCAGCAAGAAGAGCAAAGAAAAAGAGAAAGAUAAGGAGAAGACGAAAGAGAAGGACAAAGAUUCCAAGGAGAAAGAAAAAGACAAGAAGAUGCUAAAUGGACACCUCUUCAGUGCAAUCCCUACCGUGGGUCCAAUCAACUGUUACCACUGUAUGAAACCUUUCAACAAAGAUUCACACCUCUGUGCAAACUGCAAUGCAAUUGUUCACAAAGGCUGUAAGGAGAGUCUCGCAUCCUGUGCAAAAGUCAAAAUGAAGAUACAAAAGGGGAUGCUUCAGGCACACGAUACCUCUUCGUUACCCACAGUAAUUAUGAGAAACAAGACCUCACAACCUAAGGAGCGCCCUCGAUCUGCAAUACUUGCCCCUGAUGAAAACACAGUAACCUCAAUAUUCAAUAACAGAAGAUCACAGCAGACCACAACACUUUCAAAAAGUGUCUCAAUACAGAACAUUGCAGGAGUUGGUAAUGAUGAAAACAUGAUACAGACCUGGAAAUACCUGUCACAGUCAACAGACUCUUUACAUAAAAUCAGCCGGGUGAAUGAAUCCACGGAGUCGCUAACUGAUGAAGGUGCAGACAUGAAUGAAGGACAGCUCAUGGGGGAGUUUGAGAUGGACUCCAAGCAGCUGGAGGCAGAAUCCUGGAGUCAAGUAGUGGACAGCAAGUUUUUGAAGCAGCAUAAGAAGGAUGUCGUCAAACGGCAAGAUGUCAUAUAUGAGCUGAUGCAGACAGAGAUGCAUCACGUCCGCACUCUGAAGAUCAUGAGUGAUGUGUACAGCAGGGGGAUGAUGCAAGAGUUGCAGUUUGAACAGCAAAUGGUGGAAAAGGUCUUUCCUUGCCUGGAUGACUUGCUGAACAUCCACAACCAGUUCUUCCAGCGGAUUCUGGAGAGGAAGAAGGAGUCCCUGGUGGACAAAAGUGAAAAGAACUUUGUUAUCAAGAGGAUAGGAGACAUCCUGGUGAAUCAGUUUUCCGGUGAGAAUGGGGAGCGAAUGAGGAGAACGUACGGCAAAUUCUGCGGGCACCACAACGAGGCUGUAAAUUAUUUCAAAGACCUGCAGUCAAAAGAGAAGCGGUUUCAGGCAUUCAUCAAGAAAAAAAUGAGCAGCACGGUGGUGAGGCGCCUGGGGAUUCCUGAGUGCAUCUUACUGGUAACUCAACGGAUCACAAAGUAUCCCGUGAUAUUACAAAGAAUAUUACAAUAUACCAAAGAAAACGAAGUGGAGCAUCAAGACUUGACCCAGUCGCUAAACCUGGUUAAAGAUGUGAUAGCUGCGGUCAAUAGCAAAGUCAGCAACUAUGAAAAGAAAACGCGUCUUACCGAGAUCUACACCCGGACGGACAGCAAGUCCAUCAUGAGGAUGAAGAGUGGCCAGAUGUUUGCCAGGGAGGACUUGAGACGUAGGAAGCUCAUCCGAGAUGGGCCUGUCUCACUGAAAAACACAGCUGGGAGACUGAAAGAGGUUCAGGCUGUCCUCCUCUCAGACAUGCUGAUAUUCCUUCAGGAAAAAGACCAGAAGUAUGUCUUUGCCUCAUUGGACCACAGAUCCACUGUAAUCUCUCUGAAGAAACUGAUUGUACGAGAAGUGGCCCAUGAGGAAAAGGGUUUAUUCCUAAUUACCACCGUAGUGAAAGAUCCAGAGAUGGUAGAAGUCCAUGCCAGCUCCAAGGAGGAACGCAAUAGCUGGAUACAAAUAAUUCAGGACACAAUUAACACCAUGGACAAAGACGAAGAUGAAGGAAUCCCUAGUGAAUCAGAACUGGAAAAGAGAGUGUUGGACACCAAAGCCAGAGAAUUAAAAGAACAGCUUCAGCAGAAAGAUCAGCAGAUCCUGGCCCUGCUGGAGGAAAAGGAGAAGAUUUUCCGGGAUAUCACUGACUGUAGCAUGCAAGAGGAUGGCUCAGUCUCCAGAGUGCUGUUCAGGUCCGGUACAGAGGAGGCACAAAAAGGGGAGACCAUUAUGAAAAGUGCAAUAAACGAGGUUGAAUAUUUGCAAAGCUUGAUCAGCAGGAGUCUAGGGAGUGCACUUGGGGCUGCUGACCUGCUGCCAAACUCUGAGCAAGAAGGAGGAGUUGGCCCCAUCUCCCUUCCUAGAAGAGCAGAAACUUUUGGAGGAUUUGACAGUCAUCAGAUGAAUGCAUCCAAGUGUGGAGAGAAAGAUGAAGGUGAUGAUGCUCAGGAUCUCCGGAGAACAGAAUCAGACAGCAUUUUGAAGAAGGGGGGAAAUGCUAAUUUGAUGUUCGUGUUGAAAAGAAACAACGAGCAUGUUCUCCAAAGCAUUACGUACCUCCACAACCUGCUCAGCACUUUGCAGGGAAUAGUGUUGCAGCAGGAUACUUAUAUUGAGGAUCAGAAGCUGGUUCUCAGUGAGAGAGCGCUGACACGGAGCUCCUCCCGGCCAAACUCCUUGAUCGAGCAAGAGAAACAGCGGAGCCUGGAGAAGCAGCGCCAGGAGCUGGCCAACUUGCAGAAGCAGCAGGCCCAGCACCAGGAGGAGAAGCGGAGGAGAGAGAAGGAGUGGGAGGCCCGGGAGAAGGAGCUGACAGAGCGGGAGAUGCUGUUGGCCCAGCGAGAGGAGCAGGCACAGAAGGGGCACCAAGAUCUGGAAAGGGAGAAAGAAGAGCUGAAGCUGAGGAAAGAAGCCUACCAGCUGGAUCUGGAGCGGCUGCGAGCAGCACAGAAACAACUGGAGAGGGAGAAGGAGCAGCUCAAGAGAGAUGUGGAGCAAUUACCCCCAGUGCAGAUGGAGCCUGACCUCAGACAGGUUUCAAACCCCCAUGAUAAAAUGGUGAGGAUCCCCUCCCAGCCCACCGGUGAGGACUCCAAGCAGCACAGUUCUUCCCUUCCCAAACAGGGGCACUUUGAUGCAGGACUGUCUGUAUCACCCAAAAGGAACAGUCUCUCAAGGACACACAAAGAGAAAGGCACUUUCCACUUGCUUAGCGCAACGAACCAGACGAACAAGGCAGCCGAGGUGCAGCAGUCCACCCGCCUCUUCGGUUUAUCCAAGCCAAAGGACAAGAAGGAUAAGAAGAAAAAGGGCAAAGGACACCGCUCUCAACCUGCUGAUGCUCAUUCAUCAGAAGCACCACCAGAUGGCGAGGAGAUCUUCUGCUGAAUGUCUGCUCCUAAUUCUGCAGGGAUGAGCCUCCCUCUCCACUGUACUGUGUUAGACGCUGUACGUGCAUCUGAUGGGGCCAAAACAUGAGCAGCUCUCCCUCUACACAUCAACCAUUCUCAGCCUUUGUACAGCGGAAACGUCCCCUCCCACGUUUUGCAGCACACUCCUGGCUCCUGCACCCCACCAGCUCUCUGUGUUAAAUAAAACAUUUGUAAAGGCUGCACAUGGUGGGAAAGGGGCUCUGUCCUACGGUUUUUUGAUGAAUUCUGGCUGCAGAGGCUGACCACACUGCAAACAGCACCCACUUUGGGUGCAAAUCUUGGCUGAACGUAGGAAUAGAUGUUCCCAGUCUCUUCUUACUGCUAAAGGAUGAAAGACUAUGGCCCAAGGGGUCUGUGCCUCCAAAUUCUCCUUUUCUGGGGAAUACAACCAAAACCAAGCAUUUAGCAAAAGCCCAGGACUCUGAAAAUGGUGCGUACACACUGGCAUAUAGAUAUAAUAUAUAUAUAUAUAUGUAUGUGUCUAUGUAUCCACUGGGAUAUAUUUACAGUCUGUACAGACAAGCUGGGUUAGCUUAGCUCGGCCCAAGGAUACCUGAUGACUUUCAGGGCGCAUGUAGAUAUUAAAUAUCUUAGCCUUAA